CCCCUCCUUCACCAGCAGCAGCCCCUUGUAGAUAAAGCAAACAUUCAUGUGUCAGAGGCGCAUGAAAGUGCAGAAAAGUGUGUAAAGUAGUCAACGUGGGUGACCACUAGCCACUUUUUAUAAGCAGCAGGAGAAAACGAUUUUGGAGGUUGUAAAUGACGUGACUGGUUGAGGCAUUUUUAAAGAAGAACGUGAAACAGAGCAGAGAGCCUCGGUAUUGAAGUCAGGUGGUGGGGCCUAUAGGGCAGGCGGUUGACUCUCCCUCUCAUCUUUUUGUCCCCUUUUGAACCCAGUAUAAUGUUCUCUCUGCAGCUGGUGAUUUUGACAAUUAAGGAGACUGUCUCUUUCAAUCAUCCAAAAAGAUCCAAACCCGGACAAACUGGACAAGAUACGAAGCAGAGAGACAUCUGGGUUCCAAGCUGCUAAUCACCAGGAAGUUGUCAAUCCACAUCAGCAGGGAUAUGCAAAGUUCACAUUUCAUAUAUUAAUUGUUAAACUAUCUGACCAGUAGACAUCAAAAGACAUCAAGAGAGUGCAGUCAUGUGGCAGAGGAUUCAGAUUUGCUGCGCACUGUUUGCACUGUAUUCAGCGGCACCGCCUGCACACAUCAACCGCCUGGCGCUGUUCCCUGACAAGAGCGCCUGGUGCGAAGCCAAGAACAUCACGCAGAUAGUCGGGCACACGGGAUGUCAGCCUCGCUCUAUUCAAAACAGAGCUUGUCUGGGCCAGUGUUUCAGUUACAGCGUCCCCAACACAUUCCCGCAGUCAACCGAGUCUCUGGUGCACUGCGACUCCUGCAUGCCUGCCCAGACGCAGUGGGAAGUGGUGACUCUGGAGUGCCCGGGCAAUGAAGAGUCUCCUCGUGUGGAUAAGCUGGUGGAGAGGAUCUUCCACUGCAGCUGCCAGUCCUGCAGUAAGGAAGGUGCCCAGGAGGGGGCGGUGAUGCAGCUGUAUCCAGCAGACAACGGCCUGGACGCUCCGUCUUUAUCUGACACCCUCAGCGGGGCUCAGUCUCACCCUCUGCCCCAUUCAGAUACACACUCUAAGCAUGGUCACCCACACACAGACCAUCACACACUACCACACACAUCAGACGGAGGGUAGGUCUGUCAUUUUUCUGCUUGUUAUUUUUUUUUUUUUGUCACUUUGCUCAUCUCUUCCGCCCUCUCUUACUCUCCUCCACAUUGCAUCCUUUGUACCAAUCUGUAGUAUUGCAAAGGCACUUUGAGGAUAUGACUUCACUUUGUGUUAAACGUUUCUCUAAAGGCACACACACACACACACACACUCACAAAGUCAUGCUAUCAAAAUAAACUCUAUUGUAUGUAGAGUAAACAAACACACCAGCCUAUAAUGCACUCUUUUUGUUUGCUGAUUAACACGUGCAUAUGUGUGCAUUUGUGUAUCCAGACAUGACUAUAGUCUGUUAAUAAGCUGUAGUCUCGUUACUUUUAAUCUGCUUUGAAUGCAAUAAAUUCUAUUGUUGUGAUAA